AACAACUCCAUCAACGAAGUACAAACAGUACAUAACCACCAUGAAUAGAAGAUUGGACCAACUGCCUUUAGUUGACCAUAAGGUCGAUCCUCGACUUGAAGAUCGGUAUCGCAGAAGAUUGCAUAGUCCACAAUCACUAGCACCUAACAUGCGAUCGAGAAGAAUUCAAAUUGGUGCCAUUGGCAUUUCCGCUGUCCUUACAACCUACAUUGUCUUGUUUGCUGAUUUUGGCACAGAAAAGCAUUGUUUCUCACCUAUAAGACGAUGGUUCAAUGUUAAGAAACAUAGUUUUUGGAGUCUUUCAGAAAGAGAACAGAACGAUCUUAAGGAACAGGGGAGACUGUAGAAUUCGCCGCGGCUGGAUAUCGUUCACAUAUUCUUCAUAGACAUACCUCAUCUUCGUGCAAUGUGCACCUGCCUCUGUAAUUUAGAGAGAACAAAAGACACACUGUCCUUUGCAUAUUGUAUAUAUACAUGUUACCCUCACCAUAAAAUAAGUUGCUUUCUAUCGAUCAAAUCAAGUGUCGUG